AGGAGAGGAGGAAGAGCUGCUGCCAAGCCAACAAUCAGGUACAUGCAGCAUGAAAAUGGUUGGCCCACUGAGACACAUUGAAAUUAUAGUUCAGCAGCUUAACAGAUUCAGUCCUGAAAAUGAGAGUGUUGGGCGUUUCCUAGAUGAAUCAGCUAAAGUAUUACAGGCUUCCAAAGUAACAGAUGAAAUCCCUGUAAUGGAUAUUUUGUGUGGCUGUUUAGAAUAUAAAACUGUAUUGGAUGUGGUGGUCAAUGCAUUUUAUAUCCGAGAUGGAAAACAUUGCCUAUUUUCUGACCGUAAUAUGUAUAUUGUUAUUUGUUAUUUGGCUACUUUUCGACUGGAGGAACUUGGACUUCAACAGUUCAACAAAAUCAUCAAAUCAAUGGAUGUUGCUAAGAUAUGUAAGUUCCUUAGGUUCUUUUUCAAUAUCGUGAAUUUGCAUACAUGGAUAAAAGAUGAAUGGAGUCAAAUAUAUGAUUCAGUUUAUGUAAAUGAAAACUGGAUUGAACCAUUGCAAAGAUGGCAGCCAAAAAUACAGGAACUGAUAAAUGAGCUUGAUAAUACUGCAGAUAAAUACGCUAAUACAACUUUAAAGAAAACUGAACCAAAUGAGUUUCACUUGACAGUCCCUAAUCCACGAGCUAUACUGAUUCCUGAGCAAAUUCCACAACAAGAGAAAACAAAACCUAUUCCCAGGAAUACUUACAAACCUCCUAGAAUGAAGCAGCAUCUAGAAAGAAUCAGACUGAAGAAUCGCCAAAAAGCAGAGGAACUGCUACUAGAAGCAAAUAUUAAUCAAUUCAGCUGUGCAGCCCCAAAGUUUGAUUACAAAUGCUCUAUUAUAAAGGAAUUCCCAAACCUUGCUGAGAAAUUCCAGGCCCAGAAGAUCAAGUUCAAGACUGACAAUACACCUGUUAAGCUAAAUGCAGCAGCAGUCUUAAGAGAAGGUGUUCUGUACCAAAGAAAAGUGGAACAGGAGCUUAAGAGAAUUGAACAUCUUCUCCAAGGAGCACGGGAUCCAUCAAAGUUUCUGGAAUGGCAAAAACAAAUGCGUGGGAAAGAUUUGGACCAACAGCUGACAGAAGCAGAGUGCAGGAAACUACAAGGAAAGCUAAGCUAUGAGGAAGCUAUUUUAGCACGCCAAUACUGCAUUCAGGAAAACCAAAAAAAAGCUGGACAGAAGAGGGAAGAG